CUGAUGCGCAAUACCAAACACCUCUUACUGAGUUUCUCAAAUCGUCUUUUCUCUUCACUUCACUGCUAGGCUAUGAUAAAUGUGCUGUGUGAUUUUUCAGGCAGGAACAUCAAGAAGAAGAAAAGCGAAGGAGUCAGCAGUCGGCCGUCCACAGGCUCUGAAAAUGGGAAACUGGAAUUCAGUGCCCGAACCAGAGGUGGUCAAGCCUCCUCCCAGCCCUCUCCUCAAACGGCCUUGGAGGAAACAGGAAUUUAACACAUCCACAAGAAAUGAUCUGCUGGAGUUCAUCAGAAACUACCAGAGCCUCACAGAGUUGGUGGAAGAGCCAAGAAUCCUACUGAUUGGACAGAUUGGUGCCGGAAAAAGCAGCUUCUUCAAUUCGGUCAACGCUGUUUUCAAAGGACGUGCAACAUUCCAGGCCAUGGCUGGGCAUGGGUUGGUCAGUGUGAGCAAACAGUACAGGACGUACCCAGUUGAAGAUGGAAGAUGUGGGAAGAAGCUGCCCUUCAUUCUAUGUGACACCAUGGGACUGGAAGGAAACAGUGACAAGGAAGAGGGAAUCCAUGUGGACGAUGUCAUUAGUGUCAUUCGAGGACACGUUUCAGAUUUAUAUGAGUUUAAUCCCAAGGCCCCCAUAACGAGAUUUGACAGUCGCUACAGGCAGGAGCCCAGUCUGGCAGACAAGGUGCACUGUGUCGUCUAUGUUAUCGAAGCAAACACAGACUGUCUGAUGACACCAAGACUGAUGGAGAAACUGACAGCCAUCCGGGAAAAGGUCAAUGAUAUGG